ACCAAAAUAUCGAUUCACUCUUUGUUCCUUAGAUCUUUAUUCAUAUCAAUACAGAGAUAUUCACAUCUCAUUAAAGCAUCGAUCCAUCGAUCAGAAUGUCGCCAUCAAUGAUACCGGAGGUUGAAGAAGAGAACAAGAAGUACCAGAAAGGAGUGAAACAUCUUUGCGACAAUGGCUUAACCAAAGUGCCCACAAAGUACAUAUUGCCCGAACCGGACCGACCCAUCUUCCGAAAAUCCGACAAGAUCAAACCCAAAGAAAAUCUAAAGCUCCCAGUCAUAGAUUUCGCUGAAUUGCUCGGUCCGAACCGCCCACGAGUCCUACAAACCCUAGCCAAUGCCUGCGAAACCUACGGGUUUUUCCAGGUGGUGAAUCAUGGGAUAGAAGGAGACAUAAGCAAGAACAUGAUAGACGUGUGUAAGAGGUUCUUUGAGCUCCCGUACGUGGAGAGGUCGAAGUACAUGUCGUCGGACAUGUCGGCGCCGGUGCGGUACGGAACGAGUUUCAACCAGAACAAAGACAAUGUCUUCUGUUGGAGAGACUUCCUGAAGCUCUUCUCUCAUCCUUUGCCUGACUAUCUUCCUCAUUGGCCUUCUUCUCCUUCCGACUUCAGGGGUUUGGCGGCUACCUACGCGAAAGAGACAAGACACUUGUUCCACAUGAUUGUGAGGGCAAUCCUAGAGAGCCUCGACCGUACGGACGCCGGCUUCGCCGCCGGAGAGUCGCCGGAGAAUUUAUGCGGCGGAGGAGAUGAGGCGGUGGAGGAGUUGGAAGAAGGGAGCCAGUUGGUGGUGGUGAAUUGCUAUCCGCCGUGUCCGGAGCCGGAGCUUACACUGGGGAUGCCACCUCACUCCGACUACGGUUUCUUGACUCUCCUCCUCCAGGACGACGUCGAAGGCCUUCAGAUUCUCUCCGGAGACGACUGGUUGACCGUCGAUCCGAUACCGGGAUCUUUUGUCGUUAACGUCGGCGAUCAUCUCGAGAUAUUUAGCAACGGGAGGUACAAGAGCGUGCUGCAUAGGGUUUUGGUGAAUUCGUGUAAGCCUAGGAUUUCGGUGGCUUCCCUUCACAGUUUUCCGACGAACUCGACGGUGAAGCCGUGGCCGAAGAUCGUCGACGACCGCAGCAAUCCGCCUCGCUAUUUGGGCACCGACUUCACCACGUUCCUCCGUUACAUCUCUUCCUGCGAACCCAAGUGGAAAAAUUUCUUGGAAUCGCGCAAAAUUCACCACAAAUUUUGAAUACGGCGUUGAAGUCCGACCGAAUAUCGUAAUAAAUAAAUAAAUAAAUAAAAGAUUAAAAAAAAUGGAACUUUUGGAAUGGAAAAUGAAGGUUUCCUCCUCAGGGUGAAUACGAAUCGAACUAAACAAGGGGGACACUUUGUAAAGAUUUAAGAUGUAUGUAUAAAAAGAAAAAAGAUUUUCUUCGGUAUAAAAUUUUUCGUGUAAUUUCGGGUUUAUAAAAUUCAU